UCCUAGCCGAGCUGGUGGUGGACAAGGCCAUGGAGCUGAAGUACGUGGGGGGCGUCUAUGGCGGGAACAUUAAGCCUACGCCCUUCUUGUGCUUGACGCUGAAGAUGCUGCAGAUCCAGCCCGAGAAGGACAUCAUCGUGGAGUUCAUAAAAAAUGAGGACUUCAAGUACGUCCGAAUGCUUGGUGCGCUGUACAUGAGACUGACAGGCACAGCCAUUGACUGCUACAAGUACCUUGAGCCACUGUACAAUGACUACCGAAAAAUAAAAAGUCAGAACAGAAAUGGGGAAUUUGAACUGAUGCACGUGGAUGAAUUUAUAGACGAACUGCUCCACGAGGAACGUGUAUGCGAUAUCAUUCUGCCUCGAUUACAGAAACGAUAUGUUUUAGAAGAAGCUGAGCAACUCGAGCCUCGUGUUAGUGCUUUGGAAGAAGACAUGGAUGAUGUAGAAUCCAGUGAGGAGGAGGAAGAGGAAGAUGAAAAGCUGGAACGAGCGCCCUCUCCUGACCACCGCCGGAGGGGCUACAGAGACCUCGAUAAACCUCGCAGAUCGCCAGCUGUACGGUACAGGCGGAGCCGAAGCAGGUCUCCAAGAAGGCGAAGCCGCUCUCCAAAGAGGAGGAGUCCGUCACCACGCCGGGAGAGGCAUCGCAGCAAAAGCCCGAGACGACACCGUAGCAGAUCUAGGGAGAGGCGCCACAGAUCAAGAUCUAAAUCUCCAGGGCACCACCGUAGUCACAGACACAGAAGUCAUUCCAAAUCACCAGAAAGAUCUAAGAAAAGUCACAAGAAGAGUCGGCGAGGGAAUGAGUAA